AUGAUGAGAGCCUUCCUAAGGAGCUCAGAGGGGUGUUUUCAGCUGAAACCACACACCACGACCAUCGGCCGGCACGAAGGGUCCGACAUCGUCCUGCAGGACCUCAACUCCCCCCAUGGCACCUUCAUCAACGGCUGCCAGGUCCAAAAUGCAGCCGUCAGAGUGAGCCCAGGUGAUGUCCUGCGCUUCGGCAAGGGGGGAGCAGCCUUCGAGCUGGUGGUGGAUGGGGCUGCCCAGGAGUUGGUCCCCGCUGGUGUUGUGAUAGCUCCAGGCUGGCAGAUGGCACCCUUAAUCUCCCCACAGGGUGAGAAGGAGGAGAUGGGUCACCUCUCUGGUUUGGAGACAGAAUCAAAGCAGAAAGAUGCAGCAAUAAGACAUCUGCAGGAGGAGAUUGCAGCGAUGGCAAAGACCUUGGCUCAGGUGGCGGCAAGGAAUGAGGUGGAGCUGACCCAGAAGCUGCUUGCCUUUGACCAAGAGCUGGAAGCCAAAGCAGAACUGAUCAGAGCCUUGAGGGAACAGAUCAGCAACCUAGAGAAGGGCUCGAGCCAGGUUUUCAGCCAUUCCCUCUAUGAAAGAGACCUGGAGAUUGGGAGGCUGCGGAAAGAAAGUGAGAAGUUGAAGCGGGACCAUGCUUUGACUGCAGGUCUAGUGACCAGCCUGCAAAGAGAGAUUGCCGGGAAGGAGCAGAAAAUCCAGCAACUCCAGCAAGAUGUUGAGAAAGUGAAGAAGGAGACCAGAGCAAAGGACAAUCAGCUGGCAGUGCUUUCUGCCAAGUGCUCUAGAAUCCGAGAGGAAAUGAAGCAGGAACUCAGAGAGCGGGAAGUAACAGCGUGCCGGAAUCGCAUCAAGGAGCUGGAACAUGACCUGGAGAGGCUGCAGGGGGAAAUCCAGAAGUACUGCAUUGAGCAGGAGAGCAUCCAAAGCCAGCUGGCUGAGAAAGCCAAGGCUGAGGAGGAGCUGAGGGAAGCUGGAGCCAGGCAAGCUCUGCAGCUGCAGGAGAUGGGGUGCAGGGAGCGCCUGCUGCGAGCCGACCUGGCUCGGGCCAAGCAGCAGCUGGAGUCCUUCAAGACCCAAGUGAUGCAAGUCUGUUCUCCGGCAGCAGCAGGGAAAGCCAUCACAGAGCAGCAGGUGAUAGAGAAAGUCAGACAGGUCUGUGACGAGAGCCAACAAAGUCAUGAGAGAGAGAAGUGUCUGGAAGAGGAAAUAAGCUCCAGGCUUGCAAAGGAAAAGGAAGUGUCUGCAAACGCUGAGGUGUUCAGGAAGUCCCUGCAGGAGCUCCAGGCUCACCUGAGCCGGUCCUGCAGCAGCACCAGCCUGCGAGGGGAGCUGGGGAAGCUGGAAGCCAUGCACCUGGAUCCCUCCAUCUCCACCAUUGGGGUGGCAGCUGUGGAAAUGGCACAUGUGCUCCUGUCCUGGCUGGAGGCAGCAGAGCAGCUCCUGGCUGGCGUGGGGAUGGACCUGCACAAAGGGCUGUUGGCUGCUCUUGGGACAUUGGUGGAAACCAGUCAGGAAACUGCCCAGAGGAAUCAGACAUUACAGGCACAAUUAGAGGAGGCCCAGGAGUCACAGGCAGCUUUGCUGCAGGAGCACAUGAAGCAGCUGGAAGCAAAACAUGAGCAAGAGCUACAGCUAAAAAUCGAGCACAUUCUGUUGGAGAAAGACAAGGAGAGCAAGGAGCUCCUGGAGAGCGCCAUCACUGAGGAGAAGAGCAAGUACAAACAAUCCCUGGAGAAAGAACAGAAGAAGAUCCAAGACCUGGAGAGCCACCUGAGGAGCAUGGCUGAGGCUAUAGAAAGAAAGUCAAAGGAGCAGGAGGCUGCUGACUGCAAGCUGCAAGAAGCUGUGCAGAAGCUGGAGGAAACCACAGUGCAAGAGAUGGUGUUACAGCAGCAGGUGCUGGUCCAAGACGAGCAGCUCAGGACCCUUCAGGAGGAGAAUGAGUUACAGAAACAGAAACUACAGGGAGAAAUAGAGGAAUACAAGGAGCAGAGUAAGCAGCAUGCACUGACAAUUGUGGCUUUAGAGGAGAGGCUGCUGGAGGCCAAGGAGCAGCAGAAGACACUGGAGGAGGAACACACAGCGCUUGUGGAGAGAAUGAAAGGAUUUCAGCGUGACACUUGCCAGGCAUCACCGGGGGCUUGGCUGGAGGUUUGUCCUGCUGCAGAGUCUCACGGCUGUCUGCGGAAGUUCAGGGAGGAGCUGAUCAUGGCACAGAACACGCUGCUCUCCAAGGAGGCUGUCAUCACUGGGCUCACCAAAGAGCUUGCAGAAACCAGAGCCAGGCUGACAGACAUGAGAGGGGAGCUGAGUGAGGAGCACAAGGUGGAACUGGAGCAGAACCUGAUCCGGCUGAAAUGCCAGGAGCAGCAACUGAGCCUGCUCCGAGAGAAGCUAUCCUGGAUGGCCAGCCUGGUGGAGAAGAAGGAUCAAGCCCUGGAAGCAGCCGCUGAGGAGUUAAGGCAGGCCCAAGCCCACUGCCAGGAGCUGAAGGAUGCUCAAGAAAUGGCAAAGAAGCCAGAAGCUGCUCCUGGGACACCAGCACAGGCAGAAGAAGCUUCUAAACAGCUGCCACAAUGAAGGGUUCAGAGCCUCUGGUGGUCCUCACAAAAGAC